UGUGAUUUUGGUGGAUUUAUAUGAUUAUGUGAAUAAGUUAGACACGGUUUUACCUUUAAAAUUGUAUAGUUGCGAGCGUGUCAAUAAAUCUGACGUAAGUUCCGCCGGAGGUUUUUAUGUCAGGUGGGUCAGGUGUCUAGCCUCCGCAUCAACGGCCUCGCGUUUACCCGCUCGCUGGCUGCUAUCAUUUUUUUUACGCUCCUCUUAUUUUUUUUAUAUUUAUUUGUUUUUUUAUUAUUUUGCGGCACUGCUGCGUGCGAGCGCACGAAGCGCAGUCCGCGCAGUGGCAGCGGCAAGCGGCGCUGGAGUGGCAGUUUGCGCUGCUUUUGCGUGCGCCGGGCGACGGAGCGUCCGUGAAGCGUUUCUCCGGAUGCUUGUGAACAUCGGCGGGGCUGCUAGAGUUGCCGAGUGCUUCGAACAUCGACCAACGCCGACGAGCAACGAAGUAAUCUGCCAAAAGUGAUAGCGCCUGCACGGAAGAAGCAGGGGCGAACACGCUACGAUGUGCCUGCUUCCUUCAUUGCACUACGAGCAACGGCUACUCUCCGGGAUCUUCGGUGACAGCGAAGACAAGAAGCGUGCUGUGUAGUAUUACACCCUGUGUAAAGCUUAGCUUCAAAUGACUGCUACUACGACUAGUCGAAGACACGGAUGCACUCGCCUCGUAAUCUCUCGAAGUCGUCUUGGAUAUAAAACUUUCGAGUUCACUUAGAUCGCCUCGGCUGCGGUGCUUUCGGGCCGGCGGCGGCGACAUGGCGGCGGCGGCCGCCGAGGAUUCUAGCAUGGCGUCGCUGUCGCUGGCCGCCGAGCGGGAGGCGCCCCGGAGACGGCGGCUGGGCCGCUGGCUGCGCGAGCUUCCCUGGCGGUGCUGGGGUCGCGGCUGCUGCUCGCGGGCCGGCAAGGACGGCGCUCCGGGGGGCGCCGCCGAGCCCAACCGGCGGCUGGUGCCCAACCACACGGUGCCGGAUGACACGUCCGCCGCGCAGCACCCGAACCGCGGGUUCGCCGACAACGCGGUGCGCACCACCAAGUACACGCUGCUGUCGUUCGUGCCGCGCAACCUGUUCGAGCAGUUCCACCGGUUCGCCAACCUCUACUUCCUGGGCAUCGUGCUGCUCAACUGGGUGCCGCAGAUCAACGCGUUCGGCAAGGAGGUCGCCAUGAUACCCGUGCUGUUCGUGCUCGGCGUGACCGCCAUCAAGGACGCGUUCGAGGACCACCGCCGUUACGUGUCCGACAAGCGCGUCAACAACUCCACCUGCCGUGUCUACAACAAGCAAUCUGGCCGCUAUGUCAAAACACUCUGGAAGCAUGUUAGAGUUGGAGACAUUGUCCACCUGUCCUGCAACGAGGUCAUCCCAGCAGACAUUCUGGUUUUGCGUUCGAGUGACGAGCAGGGGCUGUGUUACAUCGAGACGGCCAACUUGGAUGGCGAGACAAACUUGAAGCAGAGGCAGGUCGUCCGUGGAUAUGCGCAACAUAGGGAUGCCUUUCAUCCGCUGUCAUUUACAAGCACAGUGGAAUGUGACCCACCAAACUGUAAGAUCUACAGAUUUCAUGGAUUCAUCUGCCAUCCUACUGGAGAAAAAGUGCCAAUCACUUCUGACAACUUACUUCUUCGAGACUGCGUUCUCAAGAAUGCAGACUUUGUCGAAGGCAUUGUUGUGUAUGCUGGAUUUGAGACCAAGGCAAUGCUCAACAACAAUGGCCCAAGGUACAAACGCAGCAGGCUGGAGCGAUUUAUGAACAGAGACAUCGUCUGGUGCAUUGUGAUACUUCUCGUCCUGUGCUCUGUUGGUGCAAUUGGUUGUGCAUUGUGGUUGAGAUCUUUCGAGAACCGCAAGGAAGUAAUUUUUAUACCUUAUGAACAUGAGAACAGGUACAUACCAGCUGUUGAAGGCUUCAUCGCAUUUUGGACUUACAUAAUAAUUCUACAGGUGAUGAUACCACUGUCGCUGUAUGUCUCGAUCGAGAUCAUCAAGCUCGGUCAAGUGUUUCACAUUCACGAAGACAUCGAGCUUUUUGACGAGCGAUCAAACCGGCGCCUCGAGUGCCGUGCUUUGAACAUUCCCGAGGAGCUGGGCCAAGUGCAUUACAUAUUUUCAGACAAGACAGGAACUCUCACCGAGAACCACAUGGUGUUCCGGCGCUGCACCAUUGGUGGCAGAGAUUACAAUCACCUUCACCCUAGCGUUUCUGAAGCUGAGGAAAACGACAUCAAAAUACGCAGUUACAGCUGUGGCUCCAAGCCAUCCAAGGAUGACACAGUGUUCACGCUGAACCCUCAGCUGCAAAGGGAGCUGUCCAACAUGGAGUACCAGCUGCGCAUGGAUGGGAGUGGCCAGCAGCUGUUCCUGAGCCCUGAGAGCCAGCGAGUGCAGGAGUUCUUUCUCCUUAUGGCUACCUGCAACACUGUCAUUGUCUCGAAAUACCCCCACAAGGACAUAAUGAACAGCAGUGGCUUGUACCUAAACAAUGGUAGUGCCUAUCCAACAUCUCCCGAUGGCUGUAGGUCGCCUCUGAAGCAGCCAUGUUACCUGCCUUCCUCGCUGUCAUCACCCGUGGCUCGCAGUCCAGCCGUGGCUUCAAGCCCCACAGAUUCCCGCGCUUCUACGCCAACACGACCGUACAAACUGGCCUUGCCUUUUCUGAACUUUGUCACCAGCCCCUCGAGGCGAACCUUGACGCCAUCGCCCACUCCAAGCCCUCAGCUGCAGCCAAUCUAUGAAGCUGAGAGCCCAGAUGAAAUUGCAUUGGUCGACGCUGCUUCACGUUACGGCUGCAGACUGCUUCGUCGCACACCAGAUGCUGUCACUCUCAUGCUGCCUGGUGAAGGGCUGAUUGAGUACCGAGUCCUGCAUCUUCUGCCAUUCGACUCUUUCCGCAAGCGCAUGUCCAUCAUUAUGCAGCACCCCAACACCAAGCAGAAGGUGCUGUACUGCAAAGGGGCUGACUCUGCCAUCCUACCACUGCUAGCACCUACCAAAGACCAAGCCAUGCGCCAGGUGAUACUGCGCACUCAGCAGCACCUGAACCAGUACAGCAAGAAGGGCCUUCGUGUGCUUUGCAUGGCCAAGAAGGUGUUGGAGGACGAAGAGUACGAAGAAUGGCUGGAGCAGCACAAGGCCUCUGAACUCAGUGUAGGGGAGGCUGAGGAGAGGCUUGUCAGUUCAGCUCGCCUUAUGGAGACAAACUUGGAGCUGCUGGGAGCAACCGGCAUUGAGGACAGGCUCCAAGAAGGGGUGCCCGAGACCAUAGCAGCACUACGUGCAGCUGGCAUUGUCAUCUGGGUCCUUACAGGGGACAAACAGGAGACUGCAGUCAAUAUUGCUUACUCAUGUCAGCUGUUCUCAGCAGACAUGGAAGUACUAACACUCAACGCUCGUUCACAGGAGGCCACUGAGGAGACCAUUCGCUUCUACCUAGAGCAAAUCGACCGGUGCCUGACCUGCUUCACGGCGGACAUGGAGGAAACCCAGAGGCAGCGCUCUUUUUCCACGCUUCUGUCACGACUUGCCAACUUCCUCUUUGGGAGGCGUGGUCUGGCAAUAAGCGAGCCGGUGGAUGACAUGCAACCACGGUUUGGGGCCUCCCUUCGGCACCGAAAGAAGCGGGCGCUGGUUAUUGAUGGUCGCACACUAAGCUACAUCCUCGAACACUCUGUGGAUCAGUUGUUCCUUCGUCUGGCGCAGCAGUGCAGCGUGGUGCUGUGCUGCCGGGCCACACCCCUACAAAAGGCGUGUGUUGUGAAUCUCGUUAAAGACAGGCUGAACGUGUUGACCCUUGCCAUUGGUGACGGUGCCAAUGAUGUGAGCAUGAUCCAAGCAGCUGACAUAGGUGUUGGCAUCAGCGGUCAGGAAGGCAUGCAGGCUGUCAUGGCAAGCGAUUUUGCCCUCGCCCGUUUUCGCUACCUUGAGCGACUGCUUCUAGUCCACGGACACUGGUGCUAUGACCGGCUGGCCCGGGCUGUAGUCUACUUUUUCUACAAGAACGCUGCAUUCAUCUUCAUCCUCUUCUGGUACCAGCUGUAUUGUGGCUUCACAGGAGCAGUCAUGAUUGACCAGCUUUAUCUGAUGCUGUACAAUGUGCUGUUCACCUCGCUGCCUCCGCUCAUCCUGGGCAUCUAUGACCAGGACUGCCCUGCCCACCUCCUGCUCAAGAGGCCAGCCCUUUAUACGCCAGGCCGAAAGUCCAAAACAUACACCAAGUACUCAUUUUGGGUCAACAUGCUUGAUGCAUUGUACCAGAGCAUUAUCAUCUUCUUUGUGCCAUUUUUUGUGUACUAUGACAGCGAUGUGGACAUCUGGGAGUUUGGGACCACCAUAUGCACCGCAUGCUUCUGUGUCCAGAUGCUGCACGUUGCCAUUGAGUGCAAGUCUUGGACCCUGAUGCAUGGCAUGUCUAUAGUGGCCAGCUUCUUUGUCUACUUUGGAUUUGCUCUUCUGUACAACAGCGUGUGCUACGACUCCCCCACCCUCCAGAACCCGUACUGGGUCAUGCAACAUGCCAUGUCCACUGCCCAGUUCUGGUUGUGCCUCUUGCUCAUUCCAGUUAUCAGCUGCCUGCCCAGGUUCGUGGUGAGAGCCUUGCAGACAAGCCUGACCCCAGGAGAUGUUAUGCUUACACUGAUUGAAGAGAGAACACGCAAGAGGUCACGUGACUCUACGCGUGGCUCAGUGUCAUGGUCGAGGAAUUCUCGAGGUGUUUCAGUGGUGUUUCAGUCAGCGUGCCGGCUUCCUUCAGACGACUUGCCCUCCGUGGCAUCAUCAGCACCAACUACGUCAACACUGGCCUCAUCGCACUGCCUCUCAGCACGUCCUACGUCGUCUGCCGAAGACAUCAGGGCUGGAUUGCCCACAUAGCAGCGAGAAAGGUGUAUAAUUAGGGUUAUGUCGUAUUGUUUUUCAGACAGGCGGCCGUUUUCUGUUGUGUGUAGGCUCCAUGUGCCUUCUGUUUUAUUUAUUGUGAAUAGAUUUAUACGACAGCACAGAUGCGACGACAUUGCACAAAAAUUGGGAGCCAAGUAUUUUGUGCUUGGAAGCAUUUUGUGCACAUAGGUGUGCCUUUCUUGCUGUAUCUCAUGAGUGCCAGCACUACUUAUGUGCAAACCUGCAUUUUCGACCCGUUUCCAUAGUCCAUAAAGAGUUGUUAUGGGACGCAACACGGACAACUUAUAGUAUUUUGUUUUUGACCACAUGCCAUUACAAACGACAAUACGGCUUAUAUAAUUGUAAUGACUACAAUGAUUACUUGGACAUUUUACUACCAAAUUUAGGUCUUAAAUUUUAUGUGACGGAAAUUGUACACGAUAGUAAAAAUGACAUAGUGCAGGGCGUGUUAUGCCAGUUUGAUGUAUUUUUCAUCAGCCCCUGUGAUGAGUGUUUUGCAGCAUCUACAAUAGAGAAAUCUAAGGUUUGAAUAUUAUGUAUUAAAAAGAAACUGUUUUACAAAUGGUAAAGCAUUGACAUUUGUACAGCAUUUUUACAUCAAUCAAUCUAUCUAUCAAAAAUUUUUUUAGGCAACAUUCAUUAGAGAAGUAUGUUAGUUAAGUCAUUCACAUCACGAGUUUAGCGUGUGGUGCCUAAUGUGUUAGCACAACCAACAUUUGAGAGCCUUGUUUUCUAUACAAGUAAAUGACCGCAUGUGAAGCACUGAGGACACUGAAAUUAUUUCUGAUGUAGCAAACACUUUAGAUAACAAAGCUUGCCUGUGCUUUGUUGCAGGCAUUUGUUGCUGUAUGAAAGAAGUUAGAAAGAUCACUGUGUUUUAUGUUAAUUUCAUUUACAUUUUAGUCUGCACUGAAUAAGUCUGCACCUUAAAAUGCAGGAGUAAGUCUGCGAGAAAUCACUGCCAUCAAUGCGCAGUUCACAGAAGUGCUGCAUAGCUUGCACAUGCAGUCACACUAGUCAUAUUUUCAUCGUUACACCAUUAAAGUGGUUCAAGUGGCAGUUGGAGACAGCUGAAGUGCCAUGACUUUACUUUUUGAUGUGUUGGCUGCCAGUUUUUGUCACCCUAAUGGUUACCUCUUAUGCAUUUCUGUAUUGUUUGCAGCAUUUGCAGACAAUGAGUUGUAUGCUGUGCAGUGUGUGUGUGUUUGUGCAUGCCUGUGUGCCUUGCCUUAAUUGGAUGCCUUCUGAGCUUACAUUUAUACUGGGGCCAACAGUCACUCUUCAGAAUUGAAAACAGCAUCGCCAUGUCACAUCAUCAUCAUAUUUACGUAGAAUUUUUUUUUUAAUCAUUGUUGAGGAACUUGUCUUUCAAACUGAGACAGUGUGGGUGUACUUAUGUCAGUGAACAAAACGGUUCUCUUAAUGUUGAGGUGCAGAUCUUACAUAACAUUCCAGUUUUUUGGAAGGUUCAUUUUUUUGUGGGCAUUGGUACUUCGUCGCUCAAUCUUGCUUGCCAUUUUCCCAAGUUUUAUCUCGAGAACAUGCCAUCUCAGACCUCCUUGCUAGAAGGAAGAUCUUUUUUGAGCUGCUGAUGACUGCUGCAAGGUGAGACACGAAUGUUACUUGUGCAGCAAGACCAUUACCAUGAUGUUCUGGUGCCUGUUCAUUGUAGGACUGUUCUAGUGCGUGAAACCUCUUAAGGAUUUGGACUACAAUUUCAGCCACACCUAGCUACCUUCAAGGCCAGUGACAAUAUAGUAAGAAAGAAAAGAAAUUAAGGCAAAGUGGACACCUUUACCAUCUCCAAAACGCUGAGUUGAGAGUAAUAGAGUGAUUCUGGUGUGACUUUUUUUAAGCCUCUUUCACACAGUUUUCGAGAAAUAUGUAUGUUGCCUGUAGUUCAGAAUGAAAUCUGUUGGCACAUUCUGAAUGAAUGCAUUAUCUGUCCUUUCUUCCUCUUUCUUUAUGCUUAUGCCUGAUGUUUGGUGCAUUUGAAGAAGUGUCGAUUUUUUUACACUUAGAAAAUACUGUUUCCAUUGUUUCCCACCAGAACGUCGAGUUUCUUAUUUUGUGCAUGACUUCAGCAUGUAGCCCAUGCAGUAAAGUAGCAGAAGCCAUUGUAAUGAUUGUUUUGUGUGAGUGACACACAUCGCAUCAUUUUUAUUUUUUUGCCUCUGAUUAUUAAUGGUAAUUGCACAGAACUAUUUAUAUAAGGUCGAGUCACCCGUUGGAAUCAUGAUGUGACUGCCUCUUUUCAAGUACAAUGUACAUUUUGUACAUAGAACAAAUGCUUGUCAGCCAUGUAAAUACUUGUGUUUUUCAUUGACCUCUUCUGGAAGAGGUGUUUCUUUAUGCGUCUGCAGCAGGGUCUGGCGCUUCCACUUUUUCUAAUCGUGGCACAUCGACAGCGGCCAUCAAAUGUGAUAAUUAACGAACGCUUAUCUGCAGCACUGCGCAUGUGGGUACCCAUGCUAUGCACACUUUUUCAGACUACAGGAAAGGUUAUGAAACAGUGCCUGUUGGAACACUUACUGUUGUUGAAAUCAAGUGAUUCCUCAUUGGCAAGAAUAAACAUUCACAGUA